UUUCUCAUGUUAUACUCUACGUCUCUACCCAAUGCAUUAUUUCAUGGCUUCCUUUCUAAGGGAAUCAAAACAGUAGUAGAUGCUUUAACUUUUAUUUAUCUAGGUGGCCUAAGGUGCUAUUGUGGCCAGUUGUUUCCAUCCUAGUAUAAAGUUUCCUUAUUAAAUUUAUUCUAAAGAUCUUGCUAGCUAUGAUAAAUGAUGAUUUUCCUCUACAACUGUUAGAAGCAUGGAUGUGCGAACUGUCCUAAUUUACAAUGGUCUUGCUAAUUUUUGUCUUGAUGUUGGUUGGAGAAGAAGCAAAUAUUCUUCUUACCUUGACAUAUCUAAAUUUAAAAUAAGCAUUUCAAUCCUUAUUAAGAGAGUGAAAAAUGAGUUUUGAAAUAGGUGGGAGGACAAAUUUUAUAUUUUGGCCUCAAAAAAUAUCACAGCCCUCCAUGAGUCAUGCAUCAAAGGCAUUUAUUAGGCGUAUCAGCUGUCCAUAACUUCAUUUACAUCAGUCAUUGGUUUUGAUGCAUAAUUCAGGGAACAGGAAAAAGGGAUUCAGCUUUGGUUCUCUUCUCUUCUCAUGUCCCACUCCUCUCUCCUUUUAUCCUUUUCCCCCUUUUCUCUUCAUAGGAAAAAUUCAGAGGUGGGCUAGAUAUGGGAAGCAGGAGUGCUAGGUUUUUCUUUUCCUUUUUUUCUUAUCUUUUCCUUCUUCCUUCAGGGAAAGACAUGAGAACAGGGGCUCUUUUCCAUUUUUUUUUUUUUGGCUUUCCUUGAUUGGCUAGGGCAUAAACAGGGGAUUUUCCUUCUUAAUUUUUUCUCUUUGGGGAAGCUUGAAGCAUGAUUAAGGUGAGAGUUCAGAACUUAGGCUAGGGCAAGACACAUGGGAAUGGGAGUUUGUUUUCUUUUAUUUCGUUUUUUAUUAUUUUACUUUUUUUUACUUUCUUCGAUUGGCCAGGGUAGAAAUAGCACACUUUCCUUUAUUUCUUUCCUAAGAGGGCAGUCUUAAGUGUGAUUGAAGUGAGAGUUCAGGCUAGGUUAUCUGGCAGAACUGUGCGAGGCAACUGUGUCCAUGGUGUAUCCUAUUGUAUCGACCAAUUUAUGUUGUGGUGACACAGCAACAGACCUGAAAUUUCCUGUGUUCUGGUGACACUGAAUGAAUCUAUAUCUUGUUGAAUUUGAUCCACUUGUAACACUAUUAAUGAAAUGGUCGGAUCCCAUGAUUUUUCCCUUUGGAGCAAUUACCUCAUCCGUCACCCUUAGUGGAAUGCAUGGCAUUGAAGAUCUGCAGUAUUAAUUUUAAUUGGACCUUUUAAGUUUGUGCUGAGCUGUGGUUUAAAACAUGGUGAAGGUAUGCUAGUGGCUGAGGGAUUGUAAUGCUUAGACGAAAGGCUGCUGAUGUGGGCAGGACCACGUCGAAUAAUAUUUCCAAAUGUGAAAAUAACAGCUAAAAUAAAGGGAAAAAUUAAAAGGAAACAUUUUUGCAUUUAUUUGAGAAACAAUUUAAAUGAUUUUAUCGUGACAUAAUUAAUGAAAUGACAAAUUUUCGCUCCAAAUCAUAAAAUCUAGGUUGACCACUUGGAUUGUUAUUUUACGUCAAGGUUGUCAUCCAGCCUGUUUUUUUGCUCUCUAAUUACUUGAAUUGGCAUAGAUCAAGUGAUCUAGUGAUAGCAUGCUUUUUUUUCAUAGUGUAUUCCUUGUUUUCAUCAUUGGGCUCCUUAGUUUAGUGAAUCCUUUUGCAUGGUGUUCUCUCUUUAUGGCAAUGUCCUGUGCUUUUUUCAUGUUUUGCUUCCCAAUCUGUGCUGCAAUAGCAUAGCCAUGCUGAAAAUAAGUGUACCAAAUUCUUGAUGAAACAGUGUUGCAACACCCUUCCAAUCGUCAAUGCCCAUUGGGAAGCUCAAGACAAAAUGCUACUUGGCUUGCAAUGUAGCCAAGGUUCAAAAAUUUGUUCUCAGUUUUGGAUAAACCUAGUGAUUAGUAAAAAGCUAAAAAAUGUCAAUUACAUCAUGAAAGUUGAAAACUAAGGAAAAAAGUUUGAACUUUUUUUGAUGUCAUAUUGUUUGAGUCCCUUGGAUAAAUUGCUUAGGUGACUCUUACAGCAACACAGCCAAAGAAUAUUUUCUUGAUAGUUGAAAACAUGUUUCUAAGUUUGAAAAAAUUACUUCAUUAUUUGAUGGCAAACUGACCUUUGGCAAUCUAACUGUGUAUCAGAUUGGGUUUAAAUAGCUGGAUCCAGGGUCUGCUGAACCGACCUGUACCGGUCGGUUCAACCCGAACCGGACCGGUACCGACUGGCACCGGUUCGGUUCCGGGGUAUAAAAUGGUUCCGACCCAAUAUGGGUCGGAACCGUUCGGUUCGACCCCCGUACCGGUGCGAACCGAGCCGGUUCGCACCGGUACAUGUCCGAACCGGUGAGAACCGCUCGGUUCGCACCGGUAUGAUCUCGAACCGGUGCGAACCGAGCCGGUUCGCACCGGUUCGGUGCUGAAAUUGGAUUGCCAGCGCCGGAGGCCCUUUCAGGUGGCACUUUUGUGCGGCACUUCGAAGGUGCCGGUGCGGCUCUUUGCGCGGCACUUCGAAGUGCCGCGCUGUGGCAAAAUCCGAAGUGCACAGUGGCUCAACGGUUGGCUAUAAAAGCCGACCGAAUGCUAAAAACAAAUCCAUCAGCUUAGGUGAAGGAAAGGCAGAGAGAGAGGAGAAAAAGAAGAGAAAGACAAAGGCGUGAAAAAAAAUUAGAAGGGUCGGAGAGCAUCGUUUUUCUUGAAGAAAAAUCCAGCAAAAACUAAAUACGGUAAAAUUUCUUUCCCCUACAUUGGUUUUUUAAUCUUUCAUUUAAAUUGCUUAAAAAAUUAAGUCAAAAAUUGCCAAAAAAACAGGAAAUGAUUCAAUGAUUCCAUUUCGUCUUGAAUUUUUUAUAUGUUAUCGAUAUAUGGACAAUGUUAAUGGUGGAAUUAACUUUUGUUUUUACAGAAUUUAUAUAAUUUAUAAUUUAAGUAAAAAUUUUAAAAAUAAUUUUUAAUUAUAAAAAAUAGAAAUUGAAAAAAAUUAAUGUGGUCGUAGGAAUGGAGCCAUCAAGGAGAGGGCAACCUCAAGAGCGUAAUAUUGGCUGGGAGCAUGGGAAGAUGCUCGGUGAACGGCACCAGUUUCAGUGCAAUUAUUGCCACAAGUGCUUCAAAGGAGGAGGGGUAACCAGAUUAAAGCAGCACUUAGCCGGUAAUUCUCGUGAGAUAUCUGCAUGCUCAGAAUGCCCACCGAGCACCCGUCAGCUGAUGAGGAAAAACCUCGCUGAGAUCAAAGCAGCCAAGGAGAGGGCUGCCAAGCAGAAAGCAGAGGUGGAACGCCAAGCUGCAGAAGCACCUUCCUAUCACUUGAUGGAGUCACAGGAGGUCGAGGGUCCAGAUAAGGAGGAGACACAGAUCCAUUCUGCCAUGUGGGCGAGUCUGGAUGAUCGGUGGCAGCAGAAGGAGGUGGCGAGGCAUCGGGCUCGAUUUGGGCCCUCGUUUUUCGAGUCAGGCGCCGGUUCUGGUGGAAGCAGACAAGAUCCAGAGUUUCAAAGGACAACCUCAGUUAGGGAGGGCGUGGGCAGAGGACGUAGCCGGAUUGCAUCUAUCCUGGGUGGUUUUGGUGGCCGAAAGAAGUCUUUCGGAGGGAUUCCACCAGGUGCGUCAAUCCAUGAUGUAGAUCCGCAUGCCUUCCUCAGGAGAGAUUCGAAGCAGCAAAGGGUAGACACAAUGUGGAAGAAGGAGAAGAAGAAGGAUAUGUGGCGAGCUAUUGGAUCCUGGUUCCACUUCAGCCACAUUCCAGUGAAUGCUGUAGACAAUACAUACUACAAGUCUGCCAUUUCUGCCAUACAGUCUGCCGGUCCCGGUGUCGAUCCUCCAGGCCUGAGGGACAUCUACGGUGAGCUUUUUGACAACAAUAAGGAGGAGCUAGAGAAUUGGAUUGGCUCAUAUAAGAGCAAGUAGCCCACAUAUGGGCUCACUCUGAUGUGUGAUGGUUGGACCGGUCCGACAAAGCGGGCCAUCAUCAACUUUCUGACAUACUGUGAUACGAAGACCUUCUUCCACAAGUCAGUUGAUGCUUCGGAUAAGGUACACAACGCCAAUUACAUCCUCAAACUUAUGGAGGAGGUGAUUGAUCAGAUUGGAGAGGAGAAUAUCGUGCAGGUCGUCACUGAUAACGGGCCGCAAUAUAAGUUGGCCGGGCAGGUCUUGAUGGAGCGGCGACCACAAAUUUUCUGGACCCCAUGUGCUGCACAUUGCAUCGACCUCAUCCUGAUGGACAUUGGAAAGAUCCGUAGGGUGCAACAUACAGUGGAGAUGGCCCAACGCAUCACCAGGUAUAUUUAUAGCCAUACUUGGGUUUUUUCAUUAAUGAGAAAGUAUGCAGGGGGAGAAAUUUUUAGACCAGGAGUCACACGGUUUGCUACGAAUUACAUUGCACUGGAUAGCCUUAUCGAGAAGAAAGGAGCCCUACGUCAGAUGUUUGUCAGUCCCGAGUGGCAGGAAAGUAGAUAUGCUUAGGCCGGCACUGAAGGAAGCAGAAUGGAAGACUUGGUAAACAGGCAAUCAUUCUGGCAGUGGGCCAAUGCGAUAGUCAAGGCUAUCAAACCAUUAUAUCAAGUGUUGCGGGCCGUAGAUAGCGAGAGGUACCCCCAGAUGGGCUUUUUGUAUCACAUGAUGGAGAAGGCAAAGGCUCAGAUCAUGGAGGCAGAUGCAGCCCAUGCCUAGGAGUACAUCGACAUCAUUGAGCGGCGAUGGGGAGCCCAAAUGGGUAGGGAAUUGCAUCUAGCAGGUAAGCGAUAAUAUUGAUAAUUAUACUGAUUGAUAUAUUUGUAUAAUUAUACUAAGAUGGUGCUCUGCGUAAUGUUAUUUAUAAGAUGGAGCCUGAUCCAGAAGUCGCCGCAUCAUGUAUAGAAGAUGUAACUAUGAUUUAGUAACAUAUGUAAAUAUAUCGGAUCUUAUAUUAUUGACAUACUACAACAAGCUUCUUUCCACAGACCAAAUUAUUUAGAGAGGGCAGCCAUAGCUUUGGACAGCGACCAGCUGUCGUGAGCAAGACAACUAUGAAUUCAGGUACAAUACAAAUCUGCAAGACACCUCUGCAUCUGAAUUAUCUUCAACUAUGAGGCCAUCAUAUAUGUAAAAUGUAAUUAUCUUCAAAUUUUUGCAGCUGAAUGGUGGAUUCAUUUUGGCGGAUCCGCAAAAAAUCUUAAGCGGAUAGCUAUCCGAAUCCUCUUCCAAAUGGUCUCCUCGAGUGGCUGUGAGCGCAACUGGUCCAUCUUCGGCCUCAUCCACAGCAAACAGAGGAAUCGUUUGACACAAAAGCGCCUCAACGACCUAGUUUAUGUGCACUACAAUCUGCGGUUGAGGCUAAAAUGCAUUCAGAAGGAAGUGGAGCUCAAGUAUGCAGAUCCCAUCUAUAAGACUUUUACAGAUGAUGAUGAUAAUCCUAUGCUCGACUGGCUUGCGGCCCAGCAGCACGAGCCCGAGCUUGAUGAGCCAGGAUCGCCUCGACGACCAGCUAGCAUCAUAGCCACCGAGGCUAUGGUCGAUCCACAGCAAUGGGCUGAGCGCAACAUUCCACGCACUCCUACAGCCGAUAUGACGUGGCUAGAGGGGAGCUAGUCACCGCAUGACUGGUACGAUGCUCCCGUUCAGAGAGAUGAUCCUCUCAUGCGAGGACGAGGACGCUCUAGUACCCAGUCGACUCGAUCAGGAGGGCGUCAAUCCCAGCAAAGAAGAAAAGGAAAGGAAAGGGCCUCAAUGGAGAGUGUCGAGGAGGAGACUUAGACCAGCAGCGAUGAAGGUUCUGGUGGUGAUGGAUCUACUAGCCAUGGAGGAAGUGGAGGACAGUAUGGUACUACUUAUGAGACACAGCCGUAGCGAGGUUUUCGAUACACCGGUGAGUCUCAGUUUACGCAUGCUACACAAGAUACGGACCACGGUAGGCCGUCUGAUAUAGGCCGGUCGGAUACCAUUGCAUAUCGAAGAAGAGCUCCUCGAGGUCGUUCAAGAGGCCAGGAUGCAGCUGCAGAUGACCUCCCAUGUGGAGUCGGAUCUAUUGAUGUAUCAAGUUCCGAGUCUUCCUAUUAUCCGCGGCCUCAGCCAGCCUAUGGAUAUGGUGCAUCGGAGUCAUCUUCUGGUGGCUACUACCCUGCGUAGCCUGGAGGGUCUUACGGGUCGGAUUUUGGUGCCGGCAUAUUCGGAUGGGCCCCUUAUCAAGACACCUCUCAGAGCCAGAGCUUUAGCGAGAGAUCCGAGAGUUCUUAUGACCCGACGUGCAUUCCUCGAGGAUUGAGCAUACAAGACUACAAUGCCGCUUGGUUAGAGGGAUGGGUUGAUCUGCCUCCAUAUUAUGCUGAUGAUCCAGAUAUUGACGAGAAGCAUCGCCACUCGACCCGAUUUUAGAUA